AUGGGACAGGGCAAGUUCGACCAUCUUCCUCUCGCCGAAAAAGGCCCGCUCAAAGUACCUCUGUAUGGCCGCGUACUUCUAGACAGCCCCUUUUACAACAAAGGGACAUGCUUCACAUCACAAGAACGUCUGGAUUUCGGCCUCAAAGGCCUCCUGCCUACCAACAUCCAGAAACUUGAUGAACAGGUCAUGCGAGCCUAUCAACAGUACUGCAAUCAACCAGAUGACCUGUCCAAAAACACGUUCAUGACCUCGAUGGCCGAGCAGAAUACCGUGCUCUACUAUCGUCUGAUUCAAGACCACCUGCGGGAAAUGUUCAGUAUCAUCUACACUCCAACCGAGGGCGAUGCCAUAGAGAACUACUCUCGAAUCUUCCGCAGACCGGAUGGCUGCUUUUUGAGUAUCAAACACCCCGACGAGGUAGAGGAGCGACUGAGCAAGUUUGUCAACAAGAAUGACCCCGACGCAGGGGUCGAUUACAUCGUCGUCAGUGAUGGAGAAGAGAUCCUCGGAAUCGGCGAUCAAGGGGUUGGAGGCAUCUUGAUCAGUGUGGCCAAGCUGGCUCUGAUGACCAUCUGUGGUGGAUUGCAUCCUAAUCGGACCCUUCCAGUCGUCCUUGACACGGGGACGGACAACGAAAAUCUGCUGAAUGACAGCCUUUAUCUCGGCCACCGUUUCAGACGUGUUCGAGGAAAAGACUACGACAACUUCUGCGACAAGUUCAUCCACACCGCCAAAAAGCUUUUCCCGAAGGCUUAUAUCCAUUUCGAGGACUUUGGUCUUCCUAACGCCCGAAGGUUGCUCGACAAAUAUCGCAGUGAGUUUCCCGUUUUCAAUGAUGAUAUUCAAGGGACGGGGUGCGUGACCUUGGCUGCGAUCAUGGCCGGCUUGCAUAUCAAUGGCGUAAAGAUGUCGGAGUUGAGAGUGGUCAUUUUCGGAGCCGGGACUGCUGGAUGCGGGAUCGCCGAGCAGGUGCAAGCGGCAAUCGCCACCCAAUCCGACAAGAGCAAGGAAGAUGUUGCGGAACAGAUCUGGUGUGUUGAUAAACCGGGUCUGCUCCUUGACAACAUGGGCGAUACCCUUUCAAUCGCACAGAAACCCUUUGCACGCAAAGCAUCCGAAUGGCAAAAUAAAGACACCAAGUCUCUCAAGUCGAUCAUCGCCGAAGUCAAACCCCAUGUCCUGAUUGGGACGUCCACAGUUCCUGGCGCUUUCACCAAGGAGGCUGUGCAAGAGAUGGCAAAACAUGUCGAACGGCCCAUAAUAUUCCCUCUCAGCAAUCCUACACGUCUGCACGAGGCCAAGCCGGAAGACCUCAUCCACUGGACAGAUGGUCGAGCUCUUGUUGCUACGGGCUCGCCGUUUCCGCCUGUCAAGCACAAUGGCAAGGAGAUCGAGGUGGCGGAAUGCAACAACUCUGUCUGCUUCCCUGGGAUAGGCUUGGGCGGCGUCCUGUGUCGAACAAAACUAGUAACGGAUAAGAUGCUCGUCGCAGCCGUGACUGCGCUGGCCAAAGAAGCUCCUGCUAUGCAAGAUCCGGAAAAGGCCCUUGUCCCAGGCGUCGAGCAGGCUAGGCCGGUCAGCGUCAAGAUCGCAAUGGCAGUGAUUCGAUGUGCGGUCGAGGAUGGGCUGGCGCAGACGCCAGAUAUUCCUGUCGACUCUGAUGAGGACUUGCAGGAAUGGGUGGAGGCGCAGAUGUGGGAUCCAGUCUACCGACAAUACGUGAGGCCAUGA